UUGCGGCAGCGCCCGGCUACCGGCUCCCCCUUCUCGGGCCUCCCGGCCAGGAGGGACCGCGCUUACCGGCGCCCCAGAGCCGCCCGUGGGCCCGUCGUCCGUGGGAGCCCCGCUCCGAUUCCCGCGAGCAGCGCGGGGCAGCGAGGCCGUGCCUGCGCACCGCCGGGUGCGGGCUCCGGGGCAGGCCCCCGCGGCCGCGCGCAGGCGCUGCCGCGGCUGGUGCGCGACAUGGCGGCGCUGCGCGUGUUGCGGCGGGUGGUGGGGUCGCGGGCGCUGUGCCUGUGCCGGGCCGCCUCGGGGGGCCGCCCGCCCUCCGUGCCCGAGCGCAUCGAGGAGAAGCGCCGCGCCGCGCUGCUCGGCGGCGGCCAGGCCCGAAUCGACGCCCAGCACAAGCGGGGAAAGCUGACAGCAAGGGAACGAAUUCUUCUGCUGUUGGACCCCGACACUUUUGAUGAAUAUGAUAUGUUUGUGGAACACAGAUGUUCUGACUUUGGGAUGGACUCUAAUAAGAAUAAGUAUCCUGGAGACAGUGUGGUGACUGGCCGGGGACGGAUUAACGGAAGACUGGCUUAUGUUUUCAGUCAGGAUUUUACUGUGUUUGGAGGCAGUUUAUCUGGAGCUCAUGCCCAGAAGAUCUGCAAGGUCAUGGAUCAAGCUGCUAUGGUUGGAGCACCUGUGAUUGGGCUGAAUGACUCUGGAGGAGCCCGUAUCCAGGAGGGAGUGGAGUCCUUGGCAGGCUAUGCAGACAUAUUUUUGAGAAAUGUUCUGUGUUCUGGGGUAGUUCCACAGAUCUCCCUUAUUAUGGGUCCUUGUGCUGGUGGAGCUGUGUAUUCACCUGCUUUAACUGAUUUCACAUUCAUGGUCAAGGAUACAUCCUAUCUCUUCAUCACUGGCCCAGAUGUAGUUAAGAGUGUUACCAAUGAAGAUGUCACCCAAGAGCAGCUUGGGGGUGCAAAGACGCACACUGCUGUGUCUGGAGUUGCACACAGAGCCUUUGAGAAUGAUAUAGAUGCUUUACUUAAUCUCCGAGAGUUCUUUAAUUAUUUACCUCUUAGCAACCGUGAUCCAGCACCAGUCUGUGAAUGUCAUGACCCCAGUGACCGUUUGGCUCCUGAGCUGGACACGAUUGUCCCAAUUGAAUCUACGAAAGCCUAUGAUAUGCUGGAUAUCAUACACUCUGUUGUCGAUGAAAGGGAAUUCUUCGAGAUCAUGCCUUCCUACGCCAGGAAUAUUGUUGUUGGCUUUGCCAGGAUGAAUGGACGAACUGUUGGGAUAGUGGGCAACCAACCCAAAGUAGCAUCAGGGUGCUUAGACAUAAAUUCUUCUGUAAAAGGAGCCCGCUUUGUUCGUUUCUGUGAUGCUUUCAACAUACCACUGAUUACUUUUGUGGAUGUUCCUGGAUUUUUGCCAGGUACGGCUCAGGAGUAUGGUGGAAUCAUACGUCAUGGUGCAAAACUACUCUUUGCCUUUGCAGAAGCAACUGUGCCUAAAAUCACUAUCAUCACCAGAAAGGCCUAUGGGGGUGCCUACGAUGUGAUGAGUUCAAAGCAUUUAAGAGGAGAUGCAAAUUAUGCCUGGCCUACUGCGGAGGUGGCAGUGAUGGGUGCAAAGGGUGCUGUCCAGAUCAUUUUCAGAGGAAAAGAAGCAGAUGCAGAGGCAGAAUAUGUGGAUAAGUUUGCAAACCCCUUUCCUGCUGCCAUGAGAGGGUUUGUUGAUGAUAUCAUCCAACCUUCAACCACGCGCAUGCGCAUCUGCCACGACCUAGAUGUGCUGGCUGGUAAAACACAGUCCAGUCCCUGGAAGAAACAUGCUAAUAUCCCACUGUGAGCGUGAGGAGGGGCUUGGCCAUGCUGGAAGACACAGCAGUAUUCUGAACUCUAUGUUUAAGUGCAGCUCUACUUUGCAAUGGAAAUAGUCUUUUCAUUUUGAUUUUGCUAAUGACCAUUAAAUCAUAGUACAUAUGUCAUUUAAUUUGGGGUCUUAUCACUUCAUCUCUAUAAACCCAUUUUGGUGGGUUAAUAAUCGACACAACCUGCUAUGCCUGCUGCAGGUGAGUUGUUACAAAUUGCGCAAGGUCAGAUGCUCUGUGGGCUGCUCCAUCCUGUAGGCCCUGGAGGUGGCUUGGGCAGGCAGAGCUGCAGUGACCUCUCACUGCUCAGGAGUCAGACCCUGGUGAGUUCAAGUCUAGCCUUGGUCCACCUUUGGAGUCUGACUCCACUUCCUGGGCCACAGACUUAGAAAAAUCCUGAGCUUGGAUUUCAAUGCACUGGAAUCCAGGCCCUGCCAGUCUCAGACUAACCUGUUCUGUUCCUCUGUUAGACUGUCCUGACUCGCAGCUUUUACAUGUUGGCUGCAGGAGCACUGGGUCUUGGGUUGGUACCAGUGGCCUCCAGGCUGUGACACAGGUAGUUAAGAGCUGUGGGGCCAGUCUCCUCUCAAAGGACAAGAGACAAUGCACUCACAUUGGGGAAAAAGGUAAUUCUGGUGGGACACAAGAAUUCUUCUCCCUGGGCAUGGGGGGCUUUUCUCCCUCAGCAGAGGAUUGGAACAGAGACCUCCAGAGGCCCUUCCCAGCCUUUUUUCUAUGAUUAUUUGCCAGACUCACGAGGAACCACUGCAAUAGCAUUACUACAGAUGAUCAGCCCUGGUCACUGUGCUCACUCUCUUCGUUAGAAGCUGCACUUUAACUACAGCCCCAGAAGGUAGUGAGUAACAGCUGUCAGCAUGUUUAGCACUACUGCAAACAGCUGUCAAGCACAUGAACUUCUUUAAUUAUCUGUCAGUUAUAAGUAACCUCAGUAAUCUAUAGCAGUGUAUUAGAAGACAGAGAACUACCCUACCUGCACGCUGCAGCUGCUGCUGUUCACUCCCCAGACACGUGCCUGAAGUGGAAGAAAGACAAGAUGGCAACUUGGCAGGUAGCAUCUCUUCCUAGGUAAGUGCAGCCAGUGCCCGAGUGAGUACAGCCAUGGAGCAUGGAGUCUGUACCUGGUGGGAGAGGGCAACAACUAAAAAUCAUCUGAGAACACAGUACAGAAGGAGUGUUUCAAGUUCAAGUCCCAGCUCCAUCGUUUGUACUAGCUGGAGGCAAUGUCUUCAUGUUACAGAUGUACUGUCCAUCCUGGCUGCAGACACACUGAAGCUACCUGCAGGAAUGUACCUGGUGGUACCGCAGCAGAAACAUGUGCUAUGAGCAGAUGCCUGUACCUGCUGCCCCAGGGAACACAGAGCUGGCUGCAACAACAAGGGAUCCGUGAAACUCCAUUUAGCCCAGCUGGUUGUUGGACCUUCCAAGCCUUUAGCAUGUUGUCCGCUUCGCUUCAGACAUACAGGGCAGGAAGGAAAAGGCCAUCCAGAGGGCCCUGGAGAGAUGGGCCAGUGAAAAUCCCAUGGAGUUCAAGAAGGCCAAGUACAAGGUCCUGCACAUGGGUUGGGACAGUCUGAAGCACAAAUACAGGCUGGGUGAAGACUGGAUGGAGCAGCCCUGAGGAGGAUGUGGGAGUGUUGGGUGAUGAGCAGCUCACCUUCCUGAAUCUGCAGCUAAAAGAAUUACACUGGUGCCAGGAUCACUGGUAAAUCCCUGGAAAUCCAGCAGCGAAUCCAAGACCAGUUUCUAACACUCUGAGGACCUGAUCUUGCUGGAGCCUCUGGCCCCCAUCCUGAAAGAUGUUCUGGAAGACUGGGUUGGAUCAGCCCCAGAGCACCUUGUACAACAGAAUGCUUCAGCAUUCACCCAUGUGUGGUCCCUCCAUUAGCUGCUUGGGGGCACACCUUGGCAAAAGAUGAUGUAGAUGAAAGAAGCCUAAGCAGCUUCAUGGGAAGGCUGGCAACAACUCAGAUGAGUUCAUGGGGAACUUACCAGACAAAUCGGGGAACCCCCUGAAAAUGGAAGAAGUUGAAGGCUGGGAGAGAGUAGCAGGGAAUUGUGCUGUGUCUGCUCUGUUCACUGGGCAGCUGCUUAUGGCCAUGGGUGGAAGCAGAAUGCUGGGCUAGAGAGCCACAUGGCCCAGUGUCCGUUCCAGCAGCACCGAGCUGUUACACUGCCUUCAUUAACAACAGGUCAAAUGUCACAGAAGUUGAGGCAGCAACCCAGAAAAGGUGACAUUUAACUUGAGGCACUGUCGUCUAAAAUGGUUCUGGUGUGAAGCUGAGGAUGCUCUGAACACUUACACUGCAUGCCUUACGCCAGUUCUCCCUUUCAUGUAGUUCAUGCCUGUCCUGUCCUUUCGAUUUAAAUCUUCUAGCUUCUGUUGGCCCAACCAAGAUAUCUGCAUCUGGGGACUAAGAAACAAAGCAGUGUUAUGACUGAGAACAUAAAUAAUUCUGAGUUGGCUUUUUAGACAAUAUAUAUCUACUCAAGUAUUGCGUCUGGCCAUGCUUCAGAUUAAGAUAUUUAAAUCACAUCCCAUCAUUGUACAUGUCUUAUGGAUUCCCUUCCAGAACUUGUUUCCUCUCACUGUAUGUGUGCACAAACAAAAAAAUUCCCUUAAUUGUUGUAAUAAAACCAGCUACAUAAAAUGGCAACAUUGCUCAUUCAUUAGUGUGACAGACACCUGAAGUGGGUGUACUACUAAAGCCUACUUCACUUGCACAGAUCAGGCAAAAUAAGAGCAAGAAUAGAUCCAAAUUAGUAACUGACACACAUUUAAAAACAAAACUGUCACACAACAUGAAAACCAAACUGCUUUUAAACAUAUACCCUGAUUAGCAUCCACUAACUUAGCCCACAUGUAAAUAGCUUAAAUACUAUACCAGCUAAAUCCAGUAGUAUACAGCAACAGAUUUGCUAUGUAUAUUGCAGCACAAGCAAACAGUAGUAAAUUAAGGGUAGUUCUUGGAGAGCAACAUCAGGUUUUAUUAUUUAACUAUUUUAUUUUUACUUAUUUUUAAAUUGUUAGAUAACUUUAUGAGAGAAUUUUGUUGCGUUUUGUUAAAUAAUUUUGUUAGAUUUUGCUACAUUAAAUAAUUUUGUUAAAUUUUACUUUUGUUAGAUUUUUGUUAGAUUUUUAUAAGAAUUUUAUCAGAUUGUUAGAUAAUUUUGUUAAAUUUUGUUAAAUUUGGAUAAUUUAGAUUUUGUUAAAUAUUGUUAGAUGGUUUUUUUAGGGGAUUGUUAGCUUUUGUUAAAUUUAGUUGAUUUUGUUAGAUGGUUUUGUUAAAUCUUGUAAGAUGAUUUUGUUAGAUUUGGUUAGAUUUUGUAAAUUUUUUUUAAAUUUUGUUAAAUUUAGAUGAUUUUGUUAGCUUUUAGAUUUUGUAAGAUAAUUUUGUUAGAUUAUUUUGUUAGCUUUUGUAAGAAUUUUGUUAGAUUUUGUUAAACUUUGUUAAUUAUUUUAGAUUACUUUGUUAGCUUUUGUUAAUUUUUAAAUCUAAUUUAGUUAAAUUUUAUUAAAUUUUGUGAUAUAAUUUUGUUAGAUGAUUUUGUUAGAUAAUUUUGUUAAAUUUAGUUAAAUAAUUUAGGUAAUUUAGCUAGAUUUUGUUAAAUAUUGUUAGAUGAUUUUUUAGGAUGAUUUUGUGUUAGAUGUUAGAAUGUGGUAGAGUGUGGUAGCUUUUGGUAGAAUGUGGUAGAGUUUGGUAGAGUGUGGUAGAUUUGGUAGAAUGUGGUAGAGUUUGGUAGCUUUUGGUAGAUUUAAUUAAUUUUGUUAGAUGAUUUUGGUAGCUUUUGUUAGAAUGUGGUAGAGUGUGGUAGAAUGUGGUAGAUUUUGGUAGAGUGUGGUAGAGUUUGGUAGCUUUUGGUAGAGUGUGGUGGAUUUUGGUAGCUUUUGGUAGAAUGCGGUAGCUUUUGGUAGAAUGCGGUAGAGUUUGGUAGAUUUUGGUAGCUUUUGUUAGAAUGUGGUAGAGUUUGGUAGAGUGUGGUAGAUUGUGGUAGCUUUUGUUAGAAUGUGGUAGAUUUUGGUAGAGUGUGGUAGAGUUUGGUAGAAUGUGGUAGAUUUUGGUAGCUUUUGGUAGAGUGUGGUGGAUUUUGGUAGCUUUUAGAAUGUGGUAGCUUUUGGUAGAGUGUGGUAGAGUUUGGUAGAUUUUGGUAGUGUGUGGUAGAUUUUGGUAGAAUGCGGUAGAAUUUGGUAGAUUUUGGUAGUGUGUGGUAGAUUUUGGUAGAAUGCGGUAGAGUUUGGUAGAUUUUGGUAGCUUUUGUUAGAAUGUGGUAGAGUUUGGUAGAAUGUGGUAGAUUUAGUUAAUUUUGUUAGAUGAUUUUGUUAGAUUUUGUUAGAAUGUGGUAGUUUUUGGUAGAUUUUGUUCAAUUUAGUUAAUUUUGUUAGAUGAUUUUGUUAGAAUAUGGUAGAUUUUGUUAGGUUUUUUUUUAGAUUUAGUUGAUUCUGUUAGAUGAUUUUGUUAGAUUGUGGUAGCUUUUUUUCAAUUUUGGUAGAUGAUUUUGUUAGAUUUUGUUAAAUCUAGUUAGAUAAUUUUGUUAGAUAAUUUAGAUUUUUUUUUUAAUUUUGUUUUUAUUUUAUUUAUUUUUGCAGAACAUUUUACCUUCCAAGGCAAAAAUGACCACUAUUAAUUAUUUCUAUUUAGAAAAAGCUAUGAUCAAAGAAUGCAGGAUGAGGCAGGGAAGUUUAGGAUUAAGCAGGGAUCAAGCAGGGUGAGUGCAUGUUCAGUAAGAACUGGGAACCUGGGGAACAUAUAUCAAGAAAACCACGAUGGACAAAAUCUGGAGGAAACCCAAGAGGCAUAAUCUGGCUGGUUUAUACUAUAGUGCAUUGGUCGAGACCUCAUUCAUCGGGCCAGCGUACCAUGAGUUUUUAAUACAGCUACAUCAGUGCAUUCAGCUAUGAAAGUUAUAGUCUCCAAAACAGAUAUUGCUAUUCUGUAUCCUCAAAUUAAUAGAAAUAAUACCCAUAAUAAUAUUCUCUGUAGAUCUCUAGUCCUAAAGUAGUGUCACAUAAUAACCAACAUUUUCUUCCCCCUCUAAAUGGAGGUGAUAAAAUGGGAAUUGGGUGACAAAAAUACAUAGACAAAAACUAUGUGUUAUUUAGGGCAAAAUAAACUUGGCAGAUGGCAAUGAUCCCAGAAACAGGAAAUGCUAGCUCAGCAGCUAGAACUGGACUGAAGAGUUGAUUUACAAGAAAUCAUUAGGAUGCCUGCAGACCAAUAACUGCGCUAUGACAAAGGGCAGACGGCAAGAAAAGACAACAUCUAACAAGUCUUCCAGGGAAACAUUUCAAUCCAACCUGGGGGCACAAACACUACGAAGAUUUAACCAUAACCAUAUGGUCAUGCCAUGAGACAAUUUUAACGUAGGGAAUUUCUGCCAUGAUUUCAUGACAACAUGUUCUUCCUGGGAACUGAAAAUAAAGUAUUGCUGAGCUAUA